AUCCUAUUUAGAAACACCAUUUCACUUCCUGUUAACAUUCACAACAGAGCCGAUACAGAUAAGCUAAUUAAUUUUAGCAGUGUUUACUCAUUAAAUGUUAACGUAGCAGAAAUCCUUAGGAAGAGCAAUGAUUCCUUACACUGUCAACAUUAAACUCGCGGCUCGGACGUUAACUGGCACUCUCAAUUUGCAGAAUAAAACCGCCGUAGAUUGGGGCUGGCAGGGGCUCAUAGCUCAGGGAUGUCACUCCAGUAUUCUCAUAAUAGAUCCUAAGACCGCCCAGACCAUCCAGGUGCUGGAGAGACACAAGGCAAAUGUGGUCAAGGUAAAAUGGUCCAGGGAAAAUUACUACCACAACUUGAGCUCACCCUACUGUCUGCGGUUGGCCUCGGGAGAUGCCUCGGGGAAGAUUAUAGUGUGGGAUGUGGUCAGCGGCACAGCCCACUGUGAGAUACAGGAGCACUCCAAACCUAUCCAGGACUUGGAGUGGCUGUGGAAUCAGGAUGCGUCUCGUGAUCUCUUGUUAGCUGUCCAUCCUCCCAACUACAUUGUUCUGUGGAAUGGAGACACAGGCACCAAACUGUGGAAAAAAAGCUACGCUGAGAAUAUCCUCUCCUUUUCUUUUGACCCUUUUGACCCUUCCAACAUGGCAUUGCUGACCAGUGAAGGGAUCGUCUUCAUUACAGACUUUUCUUACUCCAAACCCCCAGGCAGCGCUGGCAAAAAGGUCUACAUUGCCAGUCCUCAUGCAAGCCCAGCGCAUACCAAACCUGCACCUGCAACAGCUCCGGCCCCUACUGGUGCCAAGAAGGCCCUUAACAAGGUCAAAGUGCUCAUUACCAAUGAAAAGCCCACGGCAGAGGCUGUGACGCUGAACGACUGCCUGCAGCUAUCCUACCUACCUUCGAAGAGAAACCACAUGCUGCUGCUUUAUCCCAGAGAAAUUUUGAUCCUGGACCUGGAGCUCAGUCAGACGGUGGGUGUGGUGGCCAUCGAGCGCUCCGGGGUUCCCUUCAUCCAGGUGAUUCCCUGUGCUCAGAGAGACGCCCUCUACUGUCUCCAUGAGAAUGGUUGUAUCACACUACGAGUUUGUCGCUCCACGGUUGCCACUGAGGAAGCGGCGGACCCAGAACAGAGUGUCCAGGAGCUUGUGUACGACCUGCGCUCUCAGUGUGACGCCAUCCGAGUCACGAAGACUGUCCGACCAUAUCGCAUGGUGAUUUGCCCCGUCAACGAAAACAAGGCUGCGCUCAUGGUCAGCGAUGGCAGAGCCAUGCUGUGGGAGCUCAGAGCCCACACUGGCAAGGCUGCUACCAAUCCUAGCUCGGGUCUGUCGCCGCUCUACUCCCCUGUGUCAUUUUGUGGAGCUCCACUGGGUCCAAACCAGAAAAAGAUUCAGGAUCUGUCUCUUAACAGCAUGAUUGGUCAGACCUUGAUAGCUGGUGAGACUCUUCCUACAUCUUCCAACCAGCAAGAAGUCCAGCUGAAGUUCCUGCUAACCGGUUUGCUGUCUGGUCUGCCACUGCCACCAUUUGCCAUCCGCAUGUGUCCACCUCUUACCACCAAAAAUAUCAACCACUAUCAACCCCUUCUGGCUGUAGGCACGAGCAACGGGUCUGUGCUGGUCUACAACCUAACGAGUGGACUUCUCCACAAAGAACUCAGCGUUCACUCGUGUGAAGUCAGGGGGAUAGAAUGGGUGAGUCUUACCAGUUUCCUGUCUUUUGCCACUUCUGCACCCAACAACAUGGGGCUGGUGCGAAAUGAGCUGCAGCAUGUCGACCUGCCUACUGGCAGAUGCUUUGCAUUCAGAGGCGAGCGCGGAAAUGAUGAGCCACCCAUUGAGAUGAUUAAAGUGUCUCAUCUCAAGCAGUACCUGGUGGUCGUGUUCAGAGACAAACCCUUGGAGCUGUGGGACAUCCGGACUGGGACUCUUCUCCGGGAGAUGGCUAAGAACUUCCCCACUGUUACUGCACUGGAAUGGUCCCCAUCCCACAACCUGAAGAGUCUAAAGAAGAAGCAGAUGGCUGCGAGGGAGGCCAUGGCUCGGCAGACUGUGUCAGAUGCCGAGCAGAGUAGCGUUGAAUCCUCAGUAAUCAGUCUCCUGCAGGAUGCUGAGAGCAAGUCGGAGACAAGCCAGGCUAUCUCAGCCAGGGAGCAUUUUGUAUUCACUGACACAGAUGGACAAGUGUACCACAUCACUGUAGAGGGCAACACAGUCAAAGAUGGUGCAAGAAUUCCACCUGAUGGGAGCAUGGGCAGUAUAGCCUGUAUUGCCUGGAAAGGUGACACCCUGGUGCUUGGGGAUGUGGACGGCAAUCUCAACUUCUGGGAUCUCAAGGCUCGUUUGUCGAGGGGGAUACCAACACAUCGUGGUUGGGUGAAGAAGAUCCGCUUCGCCCCUGGGAAGGGUAACCAAAAGCUGCUGGUCAUGUACACAGAUGGAGCAGAGGUCUGGGACACCAAAGAGGUUCAAAUGGUCAGCAGUAUGCGCAUUGGUCGCAAUGUGAACUACCGCAUCUUAGACAUCGACUGGUGCACAUCAGACAAGGUUGUCCUGGCAUCUGACGAUGGCUGUAUCCGAGUGUUGGAAAUGGCCAUGAAGUCUGCCAGCUACCGCAUGGAUGAACAAGACCUGACUGAUCCAGUGUGGUGCCCUUACCUGCUGCUGCCCCGAGCUGCCCUCACUCUAAAGGCUUUUCUUCUGCUGCAACCCUGGUCAGGAACCUUUACCAUGGACGUCACGCAAGUAGACUACAGUGAGAAAGAUGAGAUAAAAGGCCUAAUCCAGGAGCAGCUCAACUCAUUAUCAAAUGAUAUGAAGAGUGUGCUACAGGACCCGGAGCUCAGUCUUCUGCAGCGCUGCCUCCUGGUCUCACGGUUGUUCGGGGACGAGUCAGACCUUCACUUCUGGACAGUGGCAUCCCACUACAUCCAGUCAUUUGCACAGGCUCGUCAGCUAACUGUGUCCGCCGCAGAGGGUCAGGCCCAAAGCGAGGGAGUCCAACCGUCGCCUCAGAGCCACCUGGACAUCUGCCACGAUGUCUUGUGUGAGAGCUCUUACUUCCAGAAGUUCCAGCUGGAUCGAGUUCACCUGCAGGAAGUAAAGCGCUCCAGUUAUGAACACACUAAGAAAUGCGCUGACCAGCUCCUCCUUCUGGGUCAGACGGACCGGGCGGUGCAAUUACUGUUGGAGACGAGCGCAGACAACCCCAGCUACUACUGUGAUUCACUCAAGGCCUGCCUAGUGACCACCAUCACCUCUUCAGGCCCCUCGCAAUCUACAAUCAAGCUAGUGGCCACCAAUAUGAUAGCUAAUGGCAAGCUUGCAGAGGGAGUUCAGCUGUUGUGUUUGAUUGACAAGGCAGCAGAUGCUUGCCGCUACCUGCAGACCUACGGGGAGUGGAACCGAGCCGCAUGGCUGGCUAAGGUGCGUCUGAACCCAGCAGAGAGCUCAGACGUGCUGAAGCGCUGGGCAGAACACCUCUGCUCCCCACAGGUCAACCAUAAAUCCAAAGCCAUUCUGGUGCUGCUUUCACUGGGCUGCUUUUACAAAGUAGGAGAGAUGCUCCACAGCAUGAGACACUUUGAUCGUGCCGCCCUCUUCAUCGAAGCCUGUCUGAAGUAUGGGGUGAUGGAGGCCAACGACUCGUCCAAUAAACUUAUCGAAGCUGCAUUUCUGGACUACGCGCGGCUGCUGCGCACGCUGGGCCUGCGGGAGGGUGCUGCUCUGUGGGCGUCGCGGGCUGGCAGCGCUGGGGAGCAGCUGAUGGAGGAGCUUUUUCAAGGAGAGGGAGGUAUACCGGAAGCCAUUCUCGGCGAAGAGGUCGUCGAGCUGGGCCUGGAGAGCAAAGAGUGACCUCGAAGACGGAAGAUUGAGAAGACGACGGACAGCCCGCUCUUUGGUGUUUAUCGAGAGUUAGCCAUUCAGUCUAACUUCAGUUAGUUAACAGUUCAAAGCAUCCAGGCGCAUCAUGAUCAUCAUCUUCACAUCAAUAUGAGGAGUUUACUUUGAUGUUGAGUCAGUGGGUUUGUCUGUGACAGUAAUCAGACUGAAAUGUCUUCAUGUUUGGUGAGACCAUUGUGUCUGUGCUCUGUCUGUAUGUAUGUAUCAGCCCCAAAAGAAACACUUUCCUUGUUUACCUUUAUCCCCCAAAAAUCUGUACAUGUUUUGGUUGAUUGAUAAAUUCAAAGGAUUUUUUCUUUUUUACAGUUUACUUGUUAAGCCUUAUUUUGCGUGCCUGUAUUAAUUUCCGAGAACCGUUGUAGCUCUGCAUGUUCAAUUUGCCUUUAGUUUGCUGAAAUUGAAAGUGGCAGAAUUCAUUUAGUCUCCAAGUAACAGGUUCUCUAUUCCUGUUUGAGAAAUGCAAAUCAUUUGAACGUGUCAUUAUUGACAGUCCAUUUUCAAAUGACGUGACACAUUCCCAGUUUUUUUGUUUGUUUAGCAUUCAAUAUAACCAAAAAGCUGCAUAAUUUUGAUUGAAAACUUGCCUGACUGUCUUGGAAACAUACAGUAAUAUUGCUGUAGACAGGCACACAGCACACUGGGGGAGGGGUUUCUGCAGCAGGUGGUGGUGCUUUAUAAGUAAUUGACCAAAGCCUGCUGCUGCUGCUGCUGCACGCGCCGCUGCUGCUGCACGCGCCUCUGCAGCUGUAAUAGUUGGAUGGCAGUAAAAUUGCACAGCCAGCCCACCCUGCACUUAUUAGACACUUAUUAGUAUAUUAUCUCCCUUGAUGCCAAGGACAGAGGAGUCUGACCGCAGCCACCUGAGGGAUUGAGCACCAUUUAAUUAGAGUGUGCAGAGGGUUGUUUGUUAAUCCAAUCCAAUAAUCCAAAUGGAUUUUUAAAAUCUUUUCUAUUUUUAACGGAGAAUUGAGAGGAUACGUUGCAACAUGUGUACUUUGAUGUUUGUGUAGUGAAGUUGUUCUCUAGUGUGUGUGUCAAAAGAAGAGCUGUCAAAACUCCUUUUAUUCAGACCUCUGAUGGAUCAUUUACACAAAUACUCUGCUGCUUCUGCUGUUGCUCAUCACAAUCACAUAAUCCGACACACUGGCUCAGACGGCGCCAGCUUUCCUUUGCUUUGCUUUCACCUCGUUACAUGGUAAAAAUGUCCUGAUCAUAAAAAAACAAAACAAAAUGUGCGCAACAAUACGAAGAUUUUAGUGACUGUGUGUUUAAUUUGCUUUGUUAUGUUCAGCAACUUCAUCCACGGGACCUUGUAGUGCGUUACUGUGUUUCAAAAACACGUCAGUGCUAUUUUCUCUGUUGUGUUACAGUAAACCCCAGGCUGUGUCACUAUGGCAACCCAGUCCUAUUUUAGGGGGGGACUGCAUGUUUUUCCUGUAUAUCAAUUUUCACAUGGCCUCCCCAAUAACGUGCUGUAGGAUCCCGUAGAGUCGCACAGUCCAACAGACGACGUUAUGAUGUAGCUGACCCGAAGCUGUGUCAUCUUCUUCCAGUCAUAACAGUAUUGUGGAAGCAACGUGUACUGUACUGCCUAUUUGUGAUCGGGCACUGGUUUGAUUAACACUUGCUGCUUUUCUUUAUAUGUAGAUGAACUCGAUAAAAUAAAAUAGUUGAAAAUUGAGGCAUGUAGAUGGGAGACAUGCCUUUAGCAGUAUAUUUUGUAAGAAAUGAUUGUAAUGGUGUCAAAGUUUAGUGGCCCCUCUCCUCUCCCUCAUUGUUCUUUGAUCAUGGUUUACACGGUGACCCUAAUGCUUUAAGCUAUAUAAAUAUUGCAAGAGAAUAGAAAUGUAUGUGUAUAUAUGGAUGGCAAUAAAAUCAAUAUUAACUUC